AUGCAUAAAUAUAUCCGACAGCCCCAUAACUCCGCCCUCAAGACGUUUAGAAGCUUUGCGCUUCACGUGACAACGCAGCGUGCAUCCGACGACCGAAAGACCUCGGAGCUCAUUACUACUCCCCGCUUGCAAUUUCCCUAUCAGGGCUUGUCGGGCAGCUAUGUGCGCGCACAAAUUCUUUUCCACUCGGGUAGAAAGAAAGUUGGUAUGACUUUCGUUCAGUGGCGUUCAACCGCCGAGGUCCAUUUACUAGAGGCACAGGAUGCACGCUACUUAGUGGGCGACGUCUCUCACGGCGCAGAGGGCUGGAUUUCUAUGUUAAAAUAG